GUGUGUGUGUGUGUGUAUAUAUAUAUAUACAUAUAAUAAGCCUGGGUGUUUUCCUAAUUCUGUCCCUUAUUAUUCUAUGAAAAACCACAUUUGUUCCUUAUUUUCUAAAAGUUGGCAAUAGGGGGGAGUGCUGUAGCGUAAUUUCAGCUUUGUUAGGGUGGGUACACAAAAUGUUACUUUCACUUCGUAAUCCUCAUAUGCCUUCUAACAGCUUCAUGUGGUCAGAGGCAUAGCAAUAGGGCAGGCAUCGCAAGCAUACUUAACCAACAUAUUUCAGCAGGGUUUAGUUAUGAUUAUUUCAUUUAUUCAGUAUGCUAUUUAUUAUGUUUAAUUUCAGUUUUAGUUUGGCUCUAGUUUUGUAUUUAUUCCAGUUUAUAUGAAAAGGUUAAGGUAGCAUGGAUUAGAAUUCAUAUAGAGAGUAAAGCCUUUUCACUGAACACGUUAAAAAUAAGUUUGAAAAAGUUGUGGGAAGCAUGGUGAUGGUGACGCAGAAGUCGAGCGACCUAUAUAGUUGUGGUGCUGUAGUUCAUUUGUAGCCUAAGUUUAGCUUUUAAGUUCUGGCACUUUUAUUUAGGCUUCACAUUUAAUAAAAGUUAAAUAACUUUGUGACGAUUAUCUUGAUGGACAAAACAUGUACGUUUCAUGAACUGGUUGAACACAGCUUAUUUUUUGCAAUCAUCCAAAAGCCUAUGGAAAUAUCCUAGAUGUUUUUUGUUGAGGGAACCAGUGUAAUGGCAACAGCCGAUCCGUCUACAAAGUGACGUCAUACUUCCCCCACUCUUGAGGAGUGGGAUGACUUUCUUUUAUAAGGUGAAUUAUUAUUUUACAAUGUUUUUGUAAUGUAUUAAUUAGCACAGACUAUAAUAAUAAUAAUAAUAAUAAUAAAAAACAUGUAGGCAUACUGAUGCUAACAUUUGGUUCAAAAAUAUUUUAUUUGCCUAUAUUUUCAUAAGCCCACAUACUUUCUCUUGUCUUCAUCUCCUUUCCAUUUCUCCAACCCUGUUCUGCUCACAGGUCAUCAGAGAUGAGUGAAUACUGAGUGCCUCCUGCUUUUUUGUAGGUUGCUGAUUUGUGUAAAAUAACAUUUUCUUACUUAUUUCAAAUAAAAGAGUGGUUUCAGCUUAAUAAGUUGCAGGCUCAUUUAUUGGUAAUAAAUAAUAAAUCAUAUUGAUGAUAAUCAAUAAUCAAAUAAUAUUGGGCUUGUUUUUUAAGCUGUGGUUGCUCAUUUGUCUUGCGAGAGUCUGCAACUGCCUUCACUUUGAUUAAUAAAUGAAAUUAAUGGAACAAUUUUUGAUUUUCUCCUUAAAAAAAGAGUGACUAUUGGAGUUUUGAAAGGUUUGUUGUGACAUUAGACAUUUGAGGUUUGCUGACUAAGUUCAGUGAUGUCAGGUUUGGGCUGGAGCGCACAUAUAUACAAUUGUGCAGUGCAGACAGAAUUAGUUUUGUUUCCUGUGUUAGAUAGAGAACAUUGACUAAGAGAAUGAUGGCAAGAACAAUGAAGUCUCUGCAGAUCACCUUCUUGCUGUUGGUUGUUCUUUGUCUCAGCAACUUUAUUGCAAGUGCAGAUGAGAUCAAAUAUAAAGGUGACAAUUGCACCAUUAAGUGUACUGAACAUCAGAAAGAAGCUUUAGGUGUGGGUCUGUUCAGGAGACGUGAGACCACACAAGAAGUCCUCUACUACUUUUUUAAAACUGGAAAAAUGAGUCCCCAUCCAGACUACAAGGAACGUGUUAAAGUCGAAUAUGACAACAAGACUCUGACUAUACACAUCACUAACCUACAGCUGACAGACACUGGGGCCUACUGGUGCACCUGUAAUACUCUUGAUUUUGUAAUAAUGCCAAAAUCUGAAGAAUGUAAAAUAGGAGAACAAGGUGUUUUUCUUCUGGUACAUGAGCGAUCGAUCGAACCAGCCCCUUCUUCAAGUGAUAAGCUGGGUGGCAUGAAUGACCUAAUGAUACCAGUGAUGGCUCUGACAGCUGGCAGUGUGCUCUUACUGUUACUCCUUGUGUUCGGAGUGUGGUUUGUGCCCAAGAUAAAGAAAAUGAUCAGAAAAAGAGAAGAAGAAAAAGUAGAAGAUGAGAAAAGGUGUAACAAUGGAGUGUACGAGGUCAUGACUAUUCAACGAAGGACAGAGUGUAUAUAAAACAUUCACAUAUACCCCUUAUAUCACAAAAUAAUUUUUUUAUAAUGCCAAGUUAUAUAUUUGUAUAUAAAAAAGAGUAACUUGUUUUUGUACUGUUGUGCUUAAUGCUGUGACUCAUUCAGCUCAUUUAGUUCCAUGCACCUACUUAAGAUCAAUCUGACUGAGGUUGGGUUUCUGUAUAAUAUGGUAACAUUUGUGGUUUGGAUGAAUGAGUCAAUCUCUUUUCAAAGUCUAUAUUUAUUUCAACUUUGCAUAAAUGUUCAAAACCUUUAGCAUUAAAUAAGUGAUUAUGUUUUGGCUGUAGAUACUUUGCUUUGAUUCUCUUUUUAUUACCUAUGCAUUUGUUUUUUUCAGUAUUCAGUGAAUGAGUUUGCUGGUAUGUGGGUUCUACAUAUUGUGUAAUAAAGUGUAUUGAACUGAACUGAAUAAUAUCAUUCAGUGUGGAUGUUGCCCUCAAUAGACACCUGAUGUAAAUAUUUUGGUAACGUCAGUGUAUAGAUUCAGUAAUACACAUUUAAGUGCUGUUUUACAAGAACAAUGGCAAAUGUUCACUCUCACCAAUAACAAAAAAAAAAAACUGGAUUUGAAAA